CAUGGUCUUUUCGAUAACCAGUCGGCGCCCCUGGCCUUUCCAAUCACACAUUAUGACUCUUUUAAGCAAUGAAACUACUUUAACUAUAGCCCUUUUCAAAAACUGCCCUAACUUCGCCAUACAUUCGAUUUACACGGUGUACUUUUAUGAAACCACAUCACCCAAACUGCGUUGCGAUAACCCAGUUAGCGUCCUUCCUAUCCAAGCAAGAUGGCUUCCCAUUAAAACUCCAUUAACCACAGCCCUCUGCGACGUCUAUUCUCGCAUUUCCGGUCCGGUCAAGGUGGCUUCCUCUCCUAAUCUUCGUUUUGUAACGGCAGGGCCAAGAGUGAUCUUUCACUCCAGUUAAAACGGUUACUUAGCGACGUGCAGUCGCUCUACUUGUCUAGAUGGCAUCUUCAACAUAACUAUUUUUAAAAGCUAUAACAUUAGAGGUAGCACUUCUUCGACCUCAGCCUGGUCUCCGUGAUGUUUCCAGUUAAGAAGAUUUCCCAAACCGCACGGAAGUACGUGCGCAUUCUGAAGGCCUUUCAAGGGGAGUGUCUGCCGUCCUACCUGUGUGCAUCGAGAUGGUCCUCCACGACAGCCCCAGCACCGCGCAUCACCACACACUACUCCGUCUGUCCCAGGGACAAGGACGCACGUUGGGAAGGUGUGACGAUGGAGCGCUUCGCCGACGAGGCCGAUGUCGUGAUUGUGGGCGGCGGCCCUGCCGGUCUCUCGGCCGCCAUCCGUCUGAAGCAGCUGGCCAACCAGCACGACAAGGAGCUGCGGGUGUGUGUGGUGGAGAAGGCCUCUCAGAUCGGUGCUCACAUCCUGUCCGGAGCCUGCCUGGAGCCGAGUGCCCUCAUCGAGCUUAUUCCGGACUGGAAAGAGAGAGGAGCCCCUCUAAAUACACCAGUUACAGAAGACAAGUUUGGAAUUUUAACAAAAAAGUAUAGAAUCCCAGUUCCAAUUCUCCCUGGGCUCCCCAUGAACAACCAUGGGAACUACAUAGUUCGCCUGGGACAUCUUGUACGCUGGCUGGGGGAGCAGGCAGAGGAGCUUGGCGUGGAGCUGUACCCUGGUUACGCUGCUUCGGAGGUUCUGUUUCACGAAGACGGCAGCGUGAAGGGAAUCGCUACAAACGAUGUGGGAAUUUCUAAAGACGGAUCACCCAAGGACGUGUUUGAGAGAGGAAUGGAGCUCCACGCCAAGGUGACGGUGUUCGGCGAAGGCUGUCACGGACACUUAGCGAAGCAGCUUUACAAGCGUUUCAAGCUGCGAGAGAAUUGUGAACCUCAGACGUACGCCAUCGGGCUGAAGGAGUUGUGGCUUAUUGAUGAGAAGAACUGGAGACCCGGGAGGGUGGAGCACACUGUCGGCUGGCCCCUGGACAGGAACACGUAUGGAGGCUCGUUUCUCUACCACUUGGAUGAAAAGGAGCCAUUGGUGGCCUUGGGCCUUGUGGUUGGUUUGGAUUAUCAGAACCCUUAUCUGAGCCCCUUCCGGGAGUUCCAGCGAUGGAAGCACCACCCGUCCGUGGCCUCCACCCUGAAGGGAGGCAGCAGGAUCUCAUACGGAGCCAGGGCCCUGAAUGAGGGUGGGUUCCAGUCCGUGCCCAAACUCACCUUCCCUGGUGGUGUACUGAUAGGGUGCAGCCCCGGGUUCAUGAACGUCCCCAAGAUCAAAGGCACCCACACGGCCAUGAAGAGUGGCAUGCUGGCCGCCGAGUGCAUUUUCCAGACGAUCACAGAUGAAAAUUUUGAGUCCAGGACAGCCGGAAUUCACGUUCCAAAAUACGAGGAGAGCUUGAAAAACUCUUGGGUCUGGAAGGAGUUGUACUCUGUGAGGAACAUCAGACCUUCAUUCCACAGUUACUUUGGACUGUAUGGAGGAAUGAUCUACACUGGCAUCUUUUAUUGGAUCUUAAGAGGGAAGGAACCAUGGACUUUGAAACACAUCGGUGAGGACUCGAAUCAGCUGAAGCCUGCAAAGGACUGCACCCCAAUCGAGUACCCGAAACCUGAUGGCAAACUGAGCUUUGACCUGCUUUCUUCCGUUGCUCUGAGCGGGACCAACCACGAGCAUGACCAGCCCCCCCACCUCACCCUCAUGGAUGACAGCGUUCCUGUGGCCAAGAACCUGGCCGUCUACGAUGGACCCGAGCAGCACUUCUGUCCAGCAGGAGUGUACGAGUAUGUGCCCCUCGAGUCCGGAGACGGCAUGAGGUUGCAAAUCAACGCACAGAACUGCGUCCACUGCAAGACGUGUGACAUCAAGGACCCGAGUCAGAACAUCAACUGGGUGGUCCCUGAAGGAGGCGGGGGUCCAGCUUACAACGGCAUGUGACCUGAGUGAGGUCCAGUCUUAGUACACUGACUGCAGGUUUCUUUUUCUGUAAAUGCAGACCUUUACAAUAUGCCUUUAUUUUAAUAAAUGUUCUGUAUCAAUAUCAGAAGAAAUGUUCUCCAUUAUGUUAAAUUUUAAAAUAAACCCAUAAGUAAUUUUGAUUG